AUGGCUGUCAUCGGGAGAUAAUUUUAUCAGUUCCACAACCAGGUUAUAAUGAUGCCAGGUUUGGCAGCCCUCUACUCCAUGUACACGUACGAAGACUUCAAGACCACACGAAUCACGCGUGUAGGACUAAUACGGGCACUUUCCUUUUAAAAAAAAAAAAAAAAAAUCAGGUCAAGCACAACUGUUUACAUUAUCCUUUAUCAUCAUUGGUAUUACAGUUUCGUUUGGUCUCCUCUAGAGAUAUCCUAUACGCAUUUACAGUUUUUACCCGCCCACCUCUCGCUCGUGUACGAAAAUACCACACGUCGAUGAUUUACUCCGGCCUAGAAAUACCACACAAGCACUGACUUAGCUGUCAGUGAGAUGUCAACAAAACGCAUGCGGAGGACCGCUAGUCGUUGAUCGUUGAGUUUCACCAUGCGAAUGAGGCACUCGGUUGCUAACACUUCAAUCAUAAAGGUUUUUUUCACCUGCUAACCCAUCAGGGCACAUGCUUUUGAGCAUCAGGUGCAGGAUGAAAAAAAGGUCAAUGUCAGCUUAGUGAGCAGAGUAGACCUCUCAUGCUCAGUUGCUUAAUCUGUGAUUGCUACUGCUGAUCUUUGGGUGAUUUAGGUGGCGUGAGUGUGAGUAUUGAGGAUGACCACCAAGUAUUUCACGGACAAGUCCAGGCUGCAGGCUGCGGGUGGUGGAGCUAGAAGGCCGCUUAUUUCCCGACUUCCCUCUGGAGAAUUUGAAGUCAUACCGUGACCUGCCGUUAAGAGACGAUGACAUCAUUCUUUGCGGCUAUCCGAAAUCCGGCACUCACUGGGUAUGGGAGGUGAUGAUGAUGCUGCUGAGAGGGCAAGCCGAGACGAUCACCUUCAAGAAGUCGCUCCACAUGAUCGAGUUCAACUCUGCGGCCAAUAUCGGCGAGUUUCAGUCCCCGCGCGUGCUCAACUCGCACGUUCUCUACGCCGACCUUCCGCACGAGGUUCACACGCGCCGCCUAAAGAUCGUCUUCGUCUGCCGCAACCCCAAGGACGUGGCCGUGUCCUUGUACAACCACCAUGUCAAGCUGUCGGAGUACUACGAGUACAGCGGGGAAUUCAAGGACUGGCUGGAGCUUUUCGUGGAAGGGAAAGUCGACUAUGGUUCAUGGUUCGACUAUACUAACAGCUGGGAGAACGUAAUUUACGGUGACCGCGUGAACCCUAUCCAUGUCGUCAUGUACGAAGAUAUGAAGGAGGAUCCAAGUCGUGAAACAAAACGCCUUGCUGACUUCCUUGGUGUAAGCUGCUCGUCGGAUUUGAUCUCGGCAGUGGUCACCAAGUGCGGCUUUGACCACAUGAAGGAAGACAAGAAACCUCAUCAGAACCACAGCGAGGUCAUGUUCAGAAAAGGUGUUGUGGGAGACUGGAAGAACUACUUCACCGUAGCCCAGAAUGAAGCUUUCGAUGCCAUCCUGGCAGAGAGAAUGAAAGGCAGCAAACUGCAAGUCCGAUACCAGCUGUGAAUGUAUCUGUGCCACCAAAAGGGGGGAAAUUGACGGGUACCUCGACAUAUUUUAUUAAGAUGAUAAACAAUGUAAACAAUUGUUUAUUUUAUUACAUUGGCUUGUAAAGCUUCCAGCUAUAUGUGAGAUGCAAAAUCCUGCCAAAUUUAGUGUACUGGUAGUAUCUGACCAUUGUAUACUUGGAGUCAACGCCAUUGUGCGUCAGUGUGUGUGCGUGAGCGCUUAUUCAUGAAAAAAAAAAUAGAGGUACAUGGAUAUUUGACUAAUUGUAGAUAUAUUUGAUUAAUUAGAGUAUAUUUGACAGAACUUUACACACGAGGCCAUGUUUCUGGGAUCUGUUGCGGGAUCCCCUCUCACACUUGACCCUGUGUUGUGACCGCCACACUAAUUACUGUACUCGUGACCUGUGAGCUUGACUGCAUGAAAUAAUUUUUCAUAGAUAUUGUUGUUUACACUGAUAUAUUUUCUGAUUCUAAAAUUAUCUUGAUAUAUACUUGUUAAAAGUACGAUAUCUACAUAAUACAAUUUUUGUAAGAUAUAUAUAUAUAUAUAUAAAACACUACGUUAAUUACAAUAUUGAAUGGACGUCACAUGUCACGAAACAGGAUCAGAUGCAGCUAAUAAAUCACGUUUUAUCUCCCUUGUGAGUGUCCUGCACGCCAAGCAUCCUUUCAUUUUUGUGUUUUUGCCGCCUUAAUCUUGAUAUUGAAAAAAAUAUUACCAGACUCCCUUGAUGGUUUUUAUCUCGCUGUUAUUGUAACCAUAUUUUAUUAAUGUUUUUAUGUAGAG